AUGGAUUUAUCACCGACAGCAAGAGAAAAGGUUGAUUUCAAGCAGACGAUAAGAGAUAAAGAGAGUGAAUGGAAUCAUCGGAGAAGUUUGGCAUGGGACUCAGCCUUUUUCACCACCCCUGGAGUAUUGGAUCAUGAAGAGUUGUUCGGGAGCUUAAAGAUUAGCGAGAAUGAGAUUGACGCAAACCACAAGGACUCGAUCAAGAAGACACUUCCAUGUGUUUCUUCCGACAUCUCUACUCGUCCAAGUUUUGCUUGGGACAAUGCUUUUUUAACCGAGCCAGGUGUUCUUGAUGCGGAGGAACUGUCUCUAGUGAACAAUGGUUUCACUAGCAACACUCAGCCUCGUAACUCUCAUGAUGAUUCCAUGACGACAACAACCGAAGGCAGCAGAUUCUCCGUCUCCAGCAUUGAGUUUGAUCUGUUUAACGACCUGAGAGUCUCUUUAAGUAAUGUGAAGCAGAUUGAAGCUCAAGAGAUCCAACAUAAGUUACCAGAUGGUAACAAGAAAACUAAAUGGUAUAAACUGAAAAGUCAACGUUUGAGUCUCAUUCCUCAACCAAAAGUGUAUCCUUCUUCUUCAGUCUCCAAAUCUUUGACUCCUCGUCAAGCUAAACCUGAGAAGAAAAUUGCUGCGAGUGAACUCGGGAAUAAGAGAUCAAAAUCUGUUAUAAGAUCAUCGUAUUCAGGAUAUAGAGGGAAGGAUUUGACAUCAUCAUCCUCUGGUCUGAGAUUACCUUUGCCAAAAAUGGGAUUCUUCGACUCGGAGAAUAUUGAUGGAGACAAAGAAAACAAAGAACCAAAUCCUUCUGGAAACAGAAGAAGAAGACACAAGUCCAAACUCGGAUUGCUUUCUCCACAAGAAACCCCUAACGUUUUGGGACAACGCAAGACUCGAAAGUGA